AUGACUACAACUACGCUACGUGCAGUCACCCAUCGUUUGGCAACUACUCCAGUUGAACAAUUGCCUUCGGUAGCUGCAUUCCUUGCGACUUCGUUGACCGAUUGCGCCGAGCUUCUCUCUGCGCCUCAAGCAGGAAAAUCAGGCAAAUCAGACUCGGAUCAUACUGUCCAGAUUCAUAAGCUGAAAACUCGCUUGGCAGCUUUGCUGCAGGACCGCAGCAUUGAGGGACGAUGGACCGCUGUGGUGCUUGUCAAAGCCACCGUCGAGGCGGGACAAUGGGAGAUCUUGCGUGGCUACGAGCCAAUUGUUCGUGGCUUGAUCGGCAUUCUGGCGAAACCGGAUCCAAUCUCCACCAGAAAGAUGGCUUUGAUCACCUUGACGCGUAUCUUCCACCUCACCUACCAGUACCCGACUCUUGUCCGGGAGAUCACGACUCCUCAUCUGCCUGCAUUUAUUACCGCUGCUCUUAAUCUGGUCUCGGUCCUCACCAAGCUUCCCUCUGGAUCGACUCGUAAAGCCAAGCCCAACACUCCGUUUAUGGAGACCGUUCUUCAAGUCUGCUUGGAAUUGGUUCCUCGGCACCCUACCAUUUUCCGACCAUUUGGUACUCAGCUUCGAUCAUUGCUGACGGAGAUACUGGGCUCGUCAAUUUACUUCCCCGACCCGGUGAUGGAUAUCGCCGAGCAACUCUUCGCCUCUCUGCACAAAUGCGCACCAAAGGACAAGGCCGGGUCUGGCUGGACCGACGACUGUAGGGCAACGGUCCUUUCUAUCCACCGAGCGGCUGACUAUGUUUUCCGUGCUGUGGUCGAGCAGUGGGAGUCGGUUGAUGGAGGUUUGGUUUCGGCACGACAGAACUAUCGCGAUGAAUUAGGUGAUGAUAGCACUGAUGCACUGGGACUUCAUAACUGGGUGGGCAUGCAUGCGGGAUCUGAUAGAUUGAUCACACUUUUGCGACUACUGUCGAACUUCGUUGCAAUGCCAUCUGCAGCUACUGUUGCCCUCCCUCUGGGAUCUAUUCUCGAUGUGACAUCGCGUCUCACAUCUGUGACCGCUCCUACAGAUGAGGGGUCCCGGGGCGUGCAAAGCAAUCCUCAAAUUGGCCGCGACGAGCGGGAGUUGCUGUGGGCCGAAUUGCCUCGCAUUCACAUUGCCUGUAUGGACUUGCUUGCGCAGGUUACCAGUGUGCUGGAGACUAGUGCCACGCCUAUUGCACAGAACAUCCUGGAACAAAUCACCUGGGUGUUCCGCAACGAACAUACUAGUCGCAAUGUGCGCUUCGCUUCGUAUGAGCUACUGCGCACCGUGGUGUCGCUGAGUGGCCCCGCUAUGUCGAAGGAGAGCGUGGCCUCUAUCGCCAAUAUUCUGCGCGCCUGUUGCCAGGACCUCCUGCCUUCUUCCGAUGACUCCAGCUCUCAAGCCAAGCCGCAAUCCGAUAGCAAGGCGAAGACAAAGAAUGGCCAGGCCACCGCGAAUGCAGACUCAUUCCUGAACCCGGACCUGCAAAAGAACCGCAAAUCACAAACAUCCCAAUUCGCUGAGCUAGAACGGGCCGCGUCCGGUCUCUUACAGGCUGUUUUGACAUAUGUUCCCCCACAACUCCUUGCGGGAUCGCUUCGCGCUGAAAUCGACCGCACGAUCAUUCUGGUUUCUGACAAGGAUGCCAUGCUUGCAAGUGUUCUGAACCCCGUGCCCGCUAUCCAGGGCCGCGCCGCAAGUGCCAGUAUCAUGCCCUUCUUAGUUCGGGCUUACGCCGAUAACGUGGAAGUUGAGGCUUUGGUCCGCCCUAGAAUGCCAGUCCUGAUGACUGCUCCGGAGCUCAACGCUUUUGCCGAUAUGGAAGACGAGCAAGAUGCAGACGAUAUGGUUGAUGAAGCGUACAAUGAUGCUCCCGAAACUUCCGACUUCUUGGUUUCGGCUCCUGCACCUGUAGAAUCGAAGCCCGCAACCCAGGUUCCAAUGCACAAACGGACGUAUGUUGAGGAGUCCAACAUCCACGCGCCUAGCUUGUCAGACUCUGUGAACGAGGCUAAGAAGGCCCGUUUUGAAGAGAGUGCUACACAGUUUCCUGUCGUCGCUCGGGCUGAGACGUCUGCGUCUCAGCUAGCUGAAGCUGACGCACCCGUGCAGCAGCAACCCCAAGUCACGCCUCAGGCUCCGGCUGCCCCGGCUGCUUCAGUGCCGGAGGAUGAAAGUGAUGAUGAAAUGCCCACUCUAAACAUGGAUUCGGACACUGAUGAUGAAGACGACGAGGAUGUCACGAUGGACGGUUAA